GGGACCCGGAAGUGGCGGCGGAGAGCGGGUUCCUCCAUGCUGCUUAGGAGCAAGUGAGUUGAAUGCUGUGCCCUUUACUGCACCCCGCAAAUCACCAGCCCAUGUGGAAUAGCACCAAGAAAACCUCCAUCUUUGCUGUUUAGUAUAAAUCGAGUUAUUUCCAGGUCGCUCAGAGCUGGUUCUGAUGUCAGCAGAAGGCUGCACCAUCACGGUUCGCCUGGUGCGCUCCUUCCAGCACCGCAAUUUCCGGCCCCUGGUGUUCCACGGCGUCCCCUUGGAGCAGACGGUGCGGGAGUUCAUGGCCUUCGUGCGCCAGGAUGUUUCUUCAAGAUCAGGACUUCCUCCUCCUUUUAAAAAUUACAAGUAUGAUACCAUGAAGAUUAUUCACCAAGCACACAAAUCUAAGACUGGUGAGCUUGUAGUGAGUUUGGAAGAUGAUGACAAACUGAUUUUGAAGGAAGACAGCACGCUGAAAGCAGCUGGAGUAGAAAAUGAGACGGAAUUAGCAUUCUUCUGUGAGGAAGAUUACAGAAACUACAGAGCUAAUCCUGUUUCGGCCUGGUGAAGAUCCCAAGAGAUUGUUUUGUUUUCCCAUACCUGUUGUAAAUUUUCCUUAUUCUGCUUAAUGAGAUUUUUCUUAAAGAUCAAUAAAUCCUAGAGGAUUUCUUUGCAAACAGUGCAAUUCCCUUCCUAUAGAAAUUAAUUUCUGUCAAUAUGGUAAGGCUGAGAGAGGAAAAACUGGGGGACGUGAAUGACUUUUUUCUUCCUCCCUCUUUUGUUUGCUGUGCUUGGCUCUUGAGCCUCAGGCAGUGCCAUCCCUGAAUGUGACACAGGUUCUUGGUGUGAUCCCACAGCACACAGUAACUGCAUGUGGAGAUUAUAGAAUGCACAGGAUGAUCCCAUCACAGUACUAACUUCUAAUGAAAAUGAAGUGAAACCUCCUGCAAAUGAAAUGAAAUGUUUUAUGACCAAAUCGCUGGGUAUUUUAAAGAACUCGAGAAGAGAAUCUCUCUGUUUCCAGUCACAGCUUUACUUCUCUCAUUUUAUGUUU